AUGAUGACGUCAUUUGCAAAAAAGACAUCAAAUAAGGGAAGAAAGAAACUCUUUCAUUCAUCAGCCCUUUUUUCCCUUUUUUGGUCAGUUUUUUAUGGCGGACGUGUAAUUAUAUUUGCUUUAACAUCGUUUCGUUAUGCAAAUCAGAAGGAGAACAUUCAAUAUGUUGAAUGGGAAGUCAUUCAGUGUGUAUUAUCAGCAAUGGGUAUACUCAUCUCAUUAUCACUCUUCAAUGCCUAUAGAAUUAAAAGCGCAUCGCUAAUGAUUUUCUCAUGGUUAUCGUGGAUGUUUACCAAUUUCAUGAUUUCUCUUCUAUUGCUUCAUCGUAGCAUUUUCGAUCUUGCCAUGAGAGAAAUGACAUUCGCUGCCACGUUCAAUGAUAUUUUGGAUCUCGCCCAUCUUGUUAACGCGCCAACGACGAUUUAUUUCAUUCUCGUAUUCAUUGCUGGUUGUUUUCAAAAUCAAGUUAAGAAAUCAAAAGAUAUUAUCUUUGGAGCAAUCAAAACUCCAUUUGGAUAUCGAAAAUUGGAUAAAUGCGAAGUUCUUCAUAUGCAUGAAGAUAUGGUAGACGAAGAAAUUGUGUACUACGUAUGA